GAUGGAGCGGGUGGCUGGCUUGAAGGCACAAGUCGGCGAACGGCGAUUAUGAUCGGCGCUACGUAAGGGUGCCGUUUCGCCGCUUGGGUGCUGGGCCCAGAUGGGGCUCCCGCUCAGGGCUCCAGACAGCGCCCGGAAGGGCUGCUUCUGGGGCGUGGGCGCCCCCCAACGGCAGCGCACCGAAGGUCACUCUGGUCACCCGUACGUAGAGCGGAUAUCACCGCACGUCGCUGCCGCUCUGGUGGAGCACGGGGGUGCGCUGCUGCUGGACGUGAGGACGCCUGAGCAGGUGCAGGCCAUGACCGACGGGCAGACGAUCGCCGCCUAUUCGACUGGAGCGGGCGUUACAGGCGCGGAUGUGAGCCCUCUGGACGAGUGGGUGGCCGCUGGUUUCCCGCCCGAGGGCACAUCUGACCGCAAGGUGGUGGUGUCCUGCACUGCGGGCCCCAAGAGCAUGCUGGCGUGGGAGUUUCUUCGUGAGCACGGCGUGGACGCUUUCGUCGUCGAUGGAGGGUUCAACGCUUGGUCGGCUGCUGGGCUGCCUACCACCAGGGCCGGCGAGUCCGGCGAGAAGCCUUCCGAUUCUGGCGGUUCUUCGCCUGCGGCAGACGGCUCUGUGCGAGAGGUCUUGCUUCGGUAGGUGCAUUUCGUAGGGCAACUGGGUGUUCCAUCUCGGCCAGGCUUUCAGGCUGCACAGCUUGUCCACCCUGAGCGCGGUUGCAGAGGUCACUGUGUUUCUUGCUGGUACGGGGCUUCCCGCGAUACCUCGCGGCUGCAGCGUGGCUUUGUCGAGCUGAGGCUCCCCAGAGACCCUCAUUGCACCUGCCAGUUCAAUCCCGCCUUGACACCCCCUUGCACACUUUUUAAAAUGAAGGAGGACCACCACCGCCUGGAGCGCGGGCAGAGUUGGGAUCAGGGGCGAUGGUAGUGAACAGGCUGCCGUCGAAAGGCAUCCUUCGCACCUGCAUUCCAUGGAUCAGCAGCUCCUGCUCUACCUGAUGGUAGUGUUUGUCUUUCCUUCCCGCUGCCACGUGUGGCACGAGGUGGGGGACGGCGGGCACGUCCCAGGUAGGGGUAGCUCGUGUUGAUUAGUCAUUCUUAGCUGUAUCGGUUCCCAACGGGUUGCUGUGUGUUUCGAAUGUGGCUUUGCAGCGCCACUGUAUUGUCAUUCUGAUUUGGGUGCGUAAUGCGCUGAACAUCGUUUGGCACGAUGGCAUUGUCUGGAUG